AUGAGUUUCAGUUCGGAAAAACAGUUGACUUUGCACAAAAGAAACAUAUGUCCUGUGAAAGGCUGCGGUAAAAAUUUCUUCUCACACAAGUACUUGGUUCAACACCGGCGUGUUCACUCAGACGACCGUCCUCUAAAAUGCCCAUGGAAGGGCUGCAAGAUGACGUUUAAGUGGGCAUGGUCUAGAACCGAGCACAUAAGGGUUCACACAGGUGCAAGGCCUUAUGUUUGCGCUGAACCGGGUUGUGGUCAGACAUUCCGGUUUGUCUCAGAUUUUAGCCGGCAUAAAAGGAAGACGGGUCAUUCAGUUAAGAAGACCAAAAAAAGAUGA